UCUGAGUUGAGCACAGCUGCUCAGUGCUGUGAGGAGAGCUCAGGCAAGCUCUGAAGCCCCGACAUGGAUGCAGUGACCUAUGAAGAUGUGCAUGUGACUUUUAAUCGUGAAGAGUGGGCUUUGCUGGAUCCUUCCCAGAAGAGUCUCUACAUAGAUGUGAUGCUGGAGACCUGCAGGAACCUCACUGCUGUAGGCUACAAUUGGGAAGAACAGAACAUUGAAGAACAUUGUCAAAGUUCUAGACGACAUGGAAGGCAUAACAGAAGUUGUACUGGAGAGAAACCCUAUGAAUGUAACCAGUGUGGGAAAGCCUUUGCAUUUCAUAGUUAUCUUCAAAGACAUGAAAAGAUUCAUACUGGAGAGAAACCCUAUGGAUGUGAUCAAUGUGGAAAAGCAUAUUCACAAAUCUGGAAUCUCCAAAAACAUAGAAGAACACAUACCGGAGAGACACCUUAUGAAUGUAACCAAUGUGGUAAAGGUUUUGCAUGUAACAGUGAUCUUCAAAGACAUGAAAAGAUUCAUACUGGAGAGAAACCCUAUGGAUGUGAUCAGUGUGAUAAAGCAUAUUCAGAACUCUGGAAUCUCCAAAAACAUAAAAGAACACACACCGGAGAGACACCCUAUAAAUGUAACCAGUGUGGGAAAGCCUUUGCAUGUAACAGUGAUCUUCAAAGGCAUGAAAAGAUUCAUACUGGAGAGAAACCCUAUAUAUGUGAUCAAUGUGGUAAAGCCUUUGCUUGUCAGAGUAGUCUCCAAAUACAUGAAAGAACACAUACUGGAGAGAAACCCUAUAAAUGUAACCAGUGUGGUAAAGGCUUUGCAUGUAAUAGUUAUCUUCAAAGGCAUGAAAAAUUUCAUACUGGAGAGAAACGCUAUGGGUGUGAUCAGUGUGGUAAAGCAUAUUCAGAACUCUGGAUUCUCCAAAAACACAGAAGAACACAUACAGGAGAGAAACCCUAUGAAUGUAGCCAAUGUGGGAAAGCCUUUGCAUGUAAUAGUGAUCUUCAAAGACAUGAAAAGAUUCAUACUGGAGAGAAACCCUAUGUAUGUGAUCAAUGUGGUAGAGCCUUUUCGCAGCACAAUAAUCUCCGAAUACAUAAAAGAACACAUACUAGAGAGAAACCCUAUACAUGUAACCGAUGUGGUAAAGCCUUUGCACAAAACAGUCAGCUUAAAAAUCAUGAAAGGAAUCAUACUGGAGAGAAACCCAGUGAAUGUAUUUAAUAUGGUGAAGCCUUGGCACAUUUCUAUAGUCUUCAUCGUCACGAAAGAUUUCAUACUGGAGAGAAACCCUAUGACUAUAAGCAAUUUAGUGAAGCCUUUGCUCUUCACAGUUAUCUCUGAAUACAGUAAAGAGCACAUCCUAGAAAGAAAAA